AUGGAAGUUGGUGCAGUAAAACAAGCAUUCAAUAAUGAGCUCAUUUUGUUGAAGAAAAAACUGAAUCAAGCUAAAAUACAAAUAAUACAUAAGCUUACUAGAAAAGCCAAGACACUUGCUGAGAGAAAAGCUCCAGAAGUGAUAAAGGAAAAGUUGAAAAGAAAAGCAGACGCAGCAGUGAAUGAAGUUCUCAUAAUAAAGAAAAUCAAACCUAAGGACUUGGCCAGGUUUGCUGUUACCCACAAAGGUCAGCUCAAUGACCAUUUGAACAAACCCAAUGUAGAUCAAGAUAAAGCUUGUGCCAGACUAUUACUUCACAAAGCACUGCAAGACAAAUAUAAACUAAUGAGAAAUCUAUAUUCAAAUAUAGCUAUUGAUGACUUAUUGAUGUCAAGAGAAGAAAGGAGAAAACUCAAGAAAGAAGAAAAGGAGAAGCAAAAGAAUAAAAAGAAAGGAACAGGAAAUAAACCAGAUGAUGUUGUUAAUACUGUAGGUGUUUGGGAAGUUGAUUCUAUGAAAGAUCAGAAUGACGGUGAACAAUCAGAUAUGGAGGAAGACAAAUCUGAAGUUGAAGAAGAAGCAACAGAAAGUGAUAAAGACAACUCUGUCCAAGAAAAUGAUGAUAAUAGCUUUAGUGAAUCUGAAGUAGAUUCAUACAGAAAUGAAGAUGAUGAAAACGCUGACAUAGCUUCUGCUGUAUCUGAAAAUGAGUCAGAUUAUGAAAAAGAUGAUGAAGUAAUAAGGGAAAUAAACACAUCAAAAGUAAAAGAAUUUAAUCUAAAUUCUAGUGAAAAUAGUAAAGUACAGAUCAAAAGUCAUGAAAAUGAUAAAAAUGCAGCCUUAAUAGCUUCCAAUGUAUCGGAAAAUGAGUCUGAAUAUAAAAAAGUCAAUGAAGCAAAAAGGCCAACAUUAAUAUCAGAUUCAAAGAAAAUUAAACUAAGUUCUAGUGAUAACAGCAAAAUACAUGAUAUUGUUUCUGUAACGAAUUUAAAUAUUAGUCCUAAUAAUGUAAAGAAACCUAAAAAUAAUCUAGGUAUAAAAUGUAAAGAGAAGAGUAAACCCAAUAAAAAUAGAAAUCUGAAUGAGAAAUUGCUUUCACGAAAAUUCAAAAAAGAUUCAUUUGAUGCUCCCAUAGAAGAGACAAAGGUUGUUGAUCCAUUCUUCGUCACAUCUACUGGAGAAAACUAUUUAUCUGUUGUUGAACCAAGAGCUCCAGAUGAAGUGAAGGAGAUUCAUAGACAAGGCAACAGAAAACUUAGGAGAGCUGCAAUGUUUGGUCGUGUGCCAAAAAUGAAACCAAGACGAAAUAAUUUUGAGGUAGACGAAAAUAGGUUUAAUAGGUUUAAUAAACAUAGUAGCUCAUAUAACAAUGAUACAAAUAAAUAUGCUAAUAGAGGAGAUUUUAGUAAUGACAAAAGAGAUCUAACUAGUAAGAGAAGUAAAUUAAGUACCAAUGAACCAGUGGAGUCCAAACCUGAAAGAUUGCAUCCUUCAUGGGAAGCCAAAAAGCGACAAUCGAAAAUACAACCAUUCCAAGGUAAAAAAAUAGUUUUUGAUGAAAGCUGA